ACCGAUCAGCACCUCACUGCAACUGAACAGCGACCAUUUAAGCACAUGUCUGCGUUAAGAUUCUCUGCUGUUUUUCAUUGGAGGAAUACAUUUAAAAAUCACUGCGCUAUAUAAUGUUGCAGGGGGCUUGCAUGCGCUGUGUUUGUUAUUACUUCCAUCACCAUCUUUGUGUUCUUCAAAGAUUUGCACAGGGUGUCUUCGCUAUGGAUGCAAGGGAUGGAAACACACAAAGGAAAAACACAAAAUUAGUCCAGUGAUGCCCAUGACAGGCAUUGCGUUUUUAAACGUAGCACCCAAGUUUGCAUUGUAAAUCAGAUGCACUGGAUCCCUGCUUGGCUGGAUCCGUCUGUGUGUCACUUCCCCCUUUUCAGAAGGAGCCGCAUCAACAAAAUGUUGGGUAGGUCGUUCACCUGGAGGAAAUAUAACCAGCGUACCCUCUCUAUGCAGCACCGGCUCCCUCUUCAGCACUGACAUGCCCGCGCCCAGCAGAAAAACCCGGAUCAGAGGGCUCAGAGCUACUGCUGGACGCGUGAAUUGGAAGAAGGACGGCAAACAGGCGCACACCGGGUGUCCAAUUCGGUGGAGGCCGGAUCACAUCUGCUGGGGACGAGCAUCAAGGGCAGUGCGGCACUCCAGCGCUUCGGGAGCAGGCGACGCGGAUCAUCCAUACACCCUCGGCUCCACAACAGCACCGUGUUCCCGUUACACUUCUCCAUCGGUCUCAAAGAUGCGCUAGAACAACGCACGCGCGCUCUGAAAUGCAUCAAAACAUGUCGAUAGCAGACAUGCUUUUCAGUGCUUUCACCCAGAGGAUUUAUCAAGAAUAUAUUGAGUUGGAAAUGAAGACGAGGAUCUGUCGGCGUUUCGAGGGAUGUAAAAAGUGCCAAUGAAUAUAUUGCUUAAAUAUAUCCUCCUUUUUCUGUCAUUGGCCACAUUGACACCCCUAAUAAGCAGGACCAUGGGUUGCAUUCAGAGCAUCGCCUGCAAGCCCCGCAUCCGACGGGAGAACAUAGUGGUCUAUGAGGUCUCAGCCUCCAUUGACCAAUGCCCGACCAUCAUUGAGGAGAAUUCGCCCAUUGUCCUGCGAUACAAGACCCCGUACUUCAGAGCAUCGGCCGGGAUAGUGAUGCCCCCGGUUCCCAGAAACGAAACAUGGACCGUGGGCUGGAUUCAGGCGUGCACCCAAAUGGAGUUCUUCAAUACAUACGGUGAUAUUGGCAUGUCCAGCUGGGAAUUACCCGAGCUUCGAGAAGGACGGGUGAAGGCCAUAAGCGAUUCUGACGGCGUCAGUUAUCCUUGGUACGGUAACACCACCGAAACAGUGACCCUCUCAGGCCCCACGUCCAAGCCGUCCCGGCUAACGGUGAGCAUGAACGACAACUUCUACCCCAGCGUGACUUGGGCGGUGCCCAUCAGCAACAGCAACACGCCCAUGCUCACGCACAUCACCCGAGACCAGAGCUUCAUCACCUGGCUGGUGGCGCUAAACGCAGACACCAAAGAGCGUAUCGUUCUUCAGACGGUGCGCUGGCGUAUGCGCGUAGACAUUGAGGUGGAUCCUUCCAUGCCGCUUGGUUCUCGUGCCAAACUGAUGGGACGGCCGCAUCAGGAACAACCGCACAUUCUCAGCAACAACGAGCCCAUCCCGCCCAACGCGCUGGGCAGGCCCAAUGCCAACGAUGCCCAGGUGCUGAUGUGGAGGCCCAGGAGAGGACAACCUCUGGUAGUGAUACCACCCAAAUAGGGGUGUCUUAACAGUGCCUAUGGGACAUUGAAGACUGCAUGCACUGUUUGGACACUGGAUUUUGGGAUUGCCUUGUGGAUUCCCAGUUUUGUUGGGUUUCUCAGUUGCUCUGAACUAGUCAGUCGAGAAGGGAAUUCUCUGCGUGCACCAUGAGGUUUUACUACCUCUAAGCUUCAAAGUACUUGGUCAGACAGCAAAUGAUCAGGAGUAACUAGUACUAAAUGAACCCACUAGGUUUAAGGAAUAGUUCACAAGAAAAAUGAAAAUGUACUAACCCUCGUGUUUUUUACUUUCUUUCUUCUGCAGAACACAAAAGAAGAUCUGUGACCCUGGACCACUAAACCAGUCAUAAGGGUCAAUGAAUAAAUAGACUUUCCAUUGAUGCAUGGUUUGUUAGGAUAGGACAAUAUUUGGCCGAGAUACAACUAUUUGAAAAUCUGAGGGUGCAGAAAAAUCUAAAUAUUGAGAAAAUCGCCUUUAAAGUUGUCCAAAUUAAAUGCAUAUUACUAAUCAAAAAUUAAGUUUUGAUAUAUUUACGGUAGAAAAUUUACUAAAUAACUUAAUGGAACAUAAUCUUUACUUAACUUCCUAAUGAUUUUUGGCAUUAAAAAAAAAAAAAAUUUAAAUUGAUAAUUUUGACCCAUACCACUGUUGGCUGUUGCUACAAAUAUACCCGUGCUACAUAUGACUGGUUUUGUGCUCCAGGGUCACAUAUUUUUUUGAACGUUUCAGAUGUUUUUGUCCAUACAAUGAAAGCCAAUGGGGUCCAAAAAUUCUUCAAAUAUGACUUAAAUGUAGCACAACAUUAAUCAGUGCAAUUCGACUUGUAUAUUUCAAGUCCUCCUGAGCAACAUGAUCACUUUGUAUAAAAAUGUAAGACUUGGUUCACCCCUAAAUCGAAUCAGUGAUCAACACAUGCACACACAGACUGCAUAAAAUAUGGCGAAUGUCAUACCUCACUGGUUCCUGCAAGUCAUGUCUUAAUAUGGACAAAAUACAGCUGAAUGCAUUCUUCAAAAUAUCUUCAUUUGUGUUCCAUAGAAGAAAGAUGGUCAAACCGGUUCAGAACGACAUGAGGGUGAGAAAAUGAUGACAGAAUGUUCAUUUUUCAGUGAACUAUGCCUUUUGGAAAACCCUUAGUGGUAAUAUAUUUACAGUUAUUACUAAGAGUCUUACAUUGAGGUUUUUUUUUUUUUCCUAAACUUUCAGGACGGAUGCUAUAUAAUGCAUGAAAAAGAUUGAAUGUUUGGUCCCAUACAACACAAAGUGAAUCCAGAGGCAUUAAAAGAACCAAGGGAGGUCACCGCAGGUCCAGCAGGAAAUUUACACUUUUGCUUUGUAGGACAACCAGCAAAACUCUUUGAAACUCUUUCUAUCAGUCGAUUGAGACUUGUGACUUCAUUUCAAAUGCUAGCAAAUAUCUUUUACAUGCCAUAAGACGAAAAAGACCACAGAGUACAUGAAGACAGCCACCCAUUGAGGUGGAGUGUAUUUAGUAAUGUCGAGGAUGCAGUGGGUCCGUUCGUCCAAUCAGACACAUCCUGGCACCGGCGAGUCAAUAGGAGUUUGUUUAUGCUCGCACAUGAGUCCGUUUGAGUUUACGCAGUGGGUGCUGCACCAUAGGCAUUCACCAGAUUAGUCACAUGCCAUACACACUCCAUCUGUGCCAUUCCACGUCCCUGUCUCCCUCUCUCUAUUCCCAAUCUGUCUCACUCCAUCCUCUCCCACUGAGACUCCUUGGGUAAUUAUGACACAGACGAAAUUGAGUUUCCAUUGCAAAUGUCAGGUUUACCUUUCAAGGGAUAAAAAGCAAACCCGAAAAUGACAAUUCUGUCCUUAUUUACCCACCUUUGUGUCGUUACAAACCUGCACGAUUUUUUUCUUUUGUUGGACACAAAGAUAUUUGCAGUGAAUUUAAUCAGGGUUCAAAACAACAUGCAAAACAUCCUUGAUUUAGGAUGACACAAUUACUGACUUUUUAUGAAAACUGGACAAAACGUUUAUCUAUGUAAAAUCAAAUCCCUUAUUGCUAUAGAUUUUGGACUUGCUUUCAAAAUAAUGCUUUUGCUAAUAAAGUGUCACAAAAAUUUAUACAGGGCUGUUUAAAUACAAAAAAUACAGGAACAUACCAAAAAGAAAUAAAUAUUAAAACAAUAAAUAGCUUGCCGUCUUGGCACGCAAUGCAAAUUAAUAUUUAAAUAAAGAUUUAUAUAAAGCUAGCAGAUUGUUUUUUUUACAAAGUAGGCUCUAGGAAAUCAAUGUGAAGAACAAAUAUUUAAAAUAAAUUUUAAACUAUGGGUUUCUCUGGAGUAAACUGUUCUGUGGAGGGACCAACAAACUAACAUGAAUACAGUAUAAAGUGUGUGGCUAAUGCUUUCAUGAGACACUGCUAAAUUUACUACUUUAAAUUACUUGAUAGUUUUAUUCAUUAUUUGCAUGCUUUUAAUUUAGUGAAUUGUAUUGUUUUAUUAUGCACUGAAUUGGACUGGUUGGAAAUGAAGAGGUGAUAUCCAGUCUGGACAUAUAACGGAAAAUAAUAAUGACUAACUCUUAAAUCUAACAGAGCAUUUAUUCAUGCCUGAUGCUUUGCCUAAAAUCACUUUCAAAGGAAAGUUUCGUUGGAAGUUGAGAUGCAUGCAGUACGUCUAACGCUUGGAGCUCUGAUCUAGACAAAGGUAGAAUACAUCAUAUGGGGUUCCUUCUCUGUAAUAUGAUAAAUACCUCACCUCAUCUCCCUCUAUCAUUUCUCAGUUACAUCUUCUGUAUCUCUGUCAAAGCCAUAUUCCUCCUCAAGCUGAUCAUCUAAAUAAAGAUACAUUCAAACAUAUGAACUCAUUAUCUCAAAAUGCAUGAACACCAGCAGCAAAUUAGUGGUUUUAGUGAUUUCAACAUUUCGUAGAACAGGAUGUGCCGAAAUGAGGAAUACAAAUGUAGUGUUGCUGAAAUGGUUAAAAACCACUUUUGUUCAUAUCCACAUGCUUUCCCACUGCAAAACGAGUCUAUGCAAUGGAAGAGACUGAGUUUACUGUGGAAAAGUUUCAUAGCAUUGCAUUAUGGGCGAGAAAGACCCAG